UUCUAUUUAAAUUACUGAAUUAAUUAGUUGAUAGAGGUGGAAAAGAUUUACCAAGAUUUGAUAAAUUUUUUCGUUCCAUUUAGUUUAGACAGUUUUCGAAGAAGGUGUGCAAUCGAAAUUUUUCUAUUUUGUGAUCCUUUGUCGAAUUUUUUGAACAUUUGUAGAAAAUGUCUCCACGCAGUCCCGAUUUGCAGCUGCAGAAUGAGUACAUCGGAAAGUUGGCCACCGAAAUUGGUACGGAUCCGAAGUACAAGCAUCGGUGGUACAUGCCUGCUGUUGUGUUCUUUGCGAUUUUUCACGUAAUCGGAAUUUACGGUGCUUAUUUGACCCUCACCAAGAUGAGACUUAUUACCUUCGCCUACGGUUACACUUUGGGUGUUUUAUCUGGACUCUCGGUGACACUCGGUGCUCACAGACUGUACGCCCACAAAUCAUACAAAGCUUCCAAAGCAGUGCAAAUAGUAGUAAACACCCUCCACGUAGUCGCUGGACAAAACUCAAUGUUGACCUGGGUGAGAGAUCACAGACUACAUCACAAAUAUUCUGACACCGAUGCCGACCCCCACAAUUCCAACAGGGGCUUCUUUUUCUGUCACAUGGGAUGGCUGAUGAUGAGGAAACAUCCGGCCGUCAAAGCCAAAUUGAAGACGAUCGAUUUAAGUGAUCUGAAGGAGAACAAUAUCGUCAUGUUCUACUACAAGUAUUUUAUACCGUUGUACAUUCUUUUGGUCUUUGCCACUUCAUCGAUUCCCGUAAUUUAUUUUGGAGAGUCCUGGAUGGAUACUUUAAUAACUGUGUAUGUGUUCAGAUAUUUGCUUACUUUGCACUUCGCUUGGACGGUCAACAGUUUUGCCCACCUCAAUGGAAAUAGACCCUAUGAUAAAUAUUUACAGCCCGUCGAGAAUUGGUGGGUGUCGUUUUUGGUGAUGGGCGAAGGUUGGCACAACUACCAUCACGCAUUCCCCUACGAUUAUAAGACGGGCGAGUACGGUGUCGGACCCAACGUCACCGCCAAAGUGAUCGACGCAUUGGCGUAUGUGGGUCACGCUUGGGACCUAAGGACGGCACCGGAAGAAUCCGUGUUGAACAGAAUACAGAAGAGAGGAGACGGCACACACAAACUUAGUCUUAGUAAAUUCACCCAGAAUUAAGUUUUUAUGUUGUGUAUUUAUUUAACCGUACUUUGUGAUUUAUGAUAUUAGGACUUGUAACAAAUAAAUGUUUUAUUUUAUAA